CAAUCAAGGAACACAGACUCAUUUCAACACUAGUCUAGCAUAACAGACUUGGGGAGGUUAGAAAAAGCAUACUCACACAACACACUUAAAGGGUGUUUUAUAUAUUUUACAAGUCCAAGUUACUAUAAAGCAGAAGUAGGAAGGCAAAUUUAGGUUGCAAAAUAACUUCAUAAUGUACACACAGCUACAUAUCAAUGAUUUGGCACUCUCUGCCUUUGAAAUUAUCCAAGACACUGCUUUCUGCUCUUUAAUGCUUGAUUUGAAUUAAGAAUGAUACAUCAAAGAUAAGAUAUAUGCUUUCUGAGUGUUCUGAAGCUUAAAAUUUUAUAGAGUUUUCAAGAAGCGCCUGGUGGAUCCAAACUGCUGACCUUUUGGUUAGCAGCCGUAGCUCUUAACCAUUAUGCCACCAAGGUUUCCUAAGUAAAAAUAGACCCAACAAUUUCCUCUCUGGUGUCAUUAUGACUUUUACCCACCUGUGAACCCCUCCAUCUCCCACCCCACCCCCCAAUAUCCCAUAUAUAUCUCAUAGGAUAAAGGAAAGGGAAUCUUCAAAGCACAGGUCACCGUCAUAAGCCGUGUUGAAAGCCCAGAAAAUAACUUAGAAAGUUCAUCUCCUCAUCUCUAACCAUUAAGGACUGAGGACCAUCCAGCCAAUUGCUAAAGACUUGGCUCUGGAUUUGAGAGAUUUCUCGUCCCCACUGCCCUGGUGACCCAGCUGUACUCACCCAUGACUCACCCAUGACUGAGUUGAGUGGGAGAGGGGCUUUUUCUUGGCAGACAGAGCUCCUUUUAACAUAAUCAAACUAGUCACAGAGGAAGUUGGGAGAUGUCAGCUGAGGAGGGGGAAGAGAUAGAGAAGGCAGAACCAUGGUGAGGGUCUCGAGCAGGUGGACAAUAACAUAAGACACUGGUUCUCAGUUUUUUAGGUUUUAUCCUCCUUUGAUGAAAACUUGUGGGCUUUCCCCUGGACAAAUAUAUUAAGACAUACACCAAACAGUUUGCACAUGGGCCCUCUGAAGGAACCUGUCUAUGGACUCCAAGUUAAGAACCCCUGGACUAAAGGAAGAAUCACACCUUGGGUCAUAACCAGUGGGGAAUGGAGAGAAAUUUAAUCGAGUCGUCACUGUCAGUAGCCUGUGAGUCACCAGACAGGAACUGUCCCAAGAGCACACACUCCCUCCCCCUGUGUGGGCAGAGGAGCCACAGUUUUAAGACCACAGGCAAGACAGAGUCAGGUGAUGUCAUAACAUAGUUUCUGACUAUAAAUAUUUCCCUGGAAUGUGUCCUGUUUACUAAUUACUGAGGUGCUUACCACGCUGUCCAGACAUGCCCCUAAACUCCCUAGGACAGGGUCCAUGCCCUACUCAUCCUGUGCCUAGUGGCCAGUGGAUAUUUCUUAAAUUGGGAAUUAUCAAGCUAAUUAAUUAGUGAAUGUGUGUGUGUGUGUGUGUGUGUAGAAGUAUUAUGUUUAAGGCAUUUUUUUUCUUUAUAAGGCCAUGUGGACUUUUGCUAAGCUCCAAGCCAGGUAAUCACUGAAUCUCAAGCUAUUUUAGCUGUUGGAAGUAGUCCUAGAGCUAGAAAAUUUGGGAGGAGUAUGGUGGGAAGGAGCCCUGGUGGCACAGUGGUUAAAACACUUGGCUGCUAACCAGAAGGUUGGAGGUUUGAACCUACCAGUUGCUCCUCAGGAAAAUGACAUGGUAAUCUGCUUCCUUACAGAUUUACAGCCUUGGAAACUGUAUGAGGCAUUUUUCCUCUGUCCUAUAGGGUCACUAUGAGUCAGAAUCGACUUGACAGCAGUGGGUUUGGUUUUGGUUUGAUGGUAGGAACCUAUGAAAGGGAAAACCAAAGGGCACAGUCACAACUGAUUCAUGGAUUGCUGGUGUGCUAAGGCAGGACUUCUCAAACUUUAAAAUGUGUAAGAAUUGUUUGGGGAUCUUGUCAAAAUGCCAAUUCUGAUUCAUUAGGCCUGCGGUGGGGCCAGAGAUCUUUCAUUUCUAACAAGCUUCUGGGUGAUCCUGAGGUUGCUGGUUUGCAGACCACACUAUGAGUGUAGCAAGAUGCUGAGGAAUCUUAAUGGUCAUAUAAUCAAACACCUUCCUUUAUCACAGGGGUAAACUGAGUCCCAGGAAGAGUCGCUAACCUUGACUAGGUCAUAGUUAAGUAGUGGUAGAGCUGAGAUCAACUUAAAGUUUCCAAUUGGGGUAGAUUUUUUGAAUAUGAUGUAACACUCUUCCUGGAGUAUGGGUAGUUUUCCCUAUCCAACAUGGACAUCCAGUUAAGAGAUGGCUUUUUGUGAGACAAUGUGCAGCGGCUAGGGUAAAGAGAAGCAAGAGGGAGCAGGACCCUAGAUCUUCCCAUGCCCUGUAGACAUCUCUACAUAAAAAUAGGCACCCAACGCACUUUCACUUAGUCUUAUUCCUGAACCACUUGCCCAGACUCACUCCAUGCCCUAUAUCCCAACCAGCUCCCAACUCUCCCAUCUUCUGAUCUUGUUGUUCAUUGUCCCUAUUUAUGAGCUUAGUUUGUCCUUUGGAUAUGAUACUCAACGAAAAAAUAGAACCCUGAAACCAAACCCACUCCUGUUGAGUUGAUUCCAACUCAGAGUGACCCUAUAGAACAGAAUAGAACUGCCAUAGGGUUUCCAAGACUGUAAAUCUUCAUAGAAGCGGGCUGCCACAUCUUUCCCCCGUGAAGUAGCUGAUGGGUUCGAACCAAUGACCUUUUGUUUAGCAGCCAAGCACUUUAACCACUGCAUCACCAGAGCUCCUUACUCAACAAAGACAGGACCAGAUUAAAGUGAAUUGUGAUCAAGGAGGGGAGCAAAAGUCAUGGCCAGGUAAGGAGGAACCUCCUACUUUUCUUGAGUUAACCUUCUUUUUUUUUUAUUUUUAAAAAAUUUUUAUUGUGCUUUAAGUGAAAGUUUACAAGUCAAGUCAGUCUCUCAUACAAAAAUGUAUAUACACCUUGCUAUAUACUCUUAGUUGCUCUCCCCAUAAUGAGACAGCACACUCCUUCUCUCCACCAUGUAUUCCCGUGUCCAUGCAGCCAGCUUCUGUCCCCCUCUGCUUUCUCAUCUCCCCUCCAGACAGGAGUUGCCCACUUAGUCUCAUGUGUCUACUUGAGCCAAGAAGCUCACUCCUCACCAGUAUCAUUUUCUAUCUUAUAGUCCAGUCCAAUCCCUGUCUGAAGAGUUGGCUUUGGGAAUGGUUCCAGUCUUGGGCUAACGGAAGGUCUGGGUCUCAGUCUCAGUCUCAGUCAGACCAUUAAGUCUGGUCUUCUUCUGAGAAUUUGAGGUCUGCAUCCCACCGCUCUCCUGCUCCCUCAGGGGUUCUCUGUUGUGUUCUCUGUCAGGGCAGUCAUCGGUUGUAGCCAGGCACCAUCUAGUUCUUCUGGUCUUAGGCUGAUGUAGUCUUUGAUUUAUGUGGCCCUUUCUGUCUCUUGGGCUUAUAAUUACCUUGUAUCUUUGGUGUUCUUCAUUUUCCUUUGCUCCAGGUGGGUUGAGACCAAUUGAUGCAUCUUAGAUGGCCGCUUGCUAGUGUUUAAGACCCCAGAUACCACUCACCAAAGUGGGAUGCAGAAUGUUUUCUUAUUAUUGUUUUAUUAUGCCAGUUGACCCAGAUGUCUCCUGAAACCAUGGUCCCCAAACCCCUGCCCUGCUUCUCUGGCCUUCGAAGCAUCCGGUUUAUUCAGGAAACUUCUUUGCUUUUGGUUUAGUCCAGUUGUGCUGACCUCUCCUGUAUUGUGAGUUAACCCCCUUCUUAGUGCUUCUAUCCAGAGAAUCCUAACUUUAUUUUUGCUGAUCUCUAUAAAGUCUGCUUUUUAAUGUCUAAGGUCUAUGUCUGACAGUGCUUAGCUCUUAGCAAUGGCACAGUCACUUUCUCCUAGGGUUCCCAGCCAUUCCAUGUCUCUAAUUGGCUCUUCCACACUGAACAGGGUUUGGUUCAGAACAGCACUGUCUUCAUCUUCAGGAGGCAAUGGUGGUACCGUGGUAACCAAACUUAAGGUCCCUACCUCUACCAGAGGUUUAGGGUGGGCUUGGGAAUCUGAAUUUUAAGAAGCGUCCCCAGGAAAUUCUGCUGCAGAUAAAUAGGGGGCCUAACUUGGAGAAAUAUUGACGUGAACUUGGGUGUCAGACAUUCAAAUCUACCCCUACAAUUUAUUAGCUGUAUAGCCUUGAUCAAAUUAGUUUAUCUUUGCUAGCCUUAGUUUCCUCAUCUUUAACAAAGAGUUGAUAAAACCCAUGUCUGAGUGUUAAGACCAUGAGAUGAGGUGACAUAUAUAUAAUGUUUUGUACAGUCCAAGGCAGUUAGUAAGUACUCACUGGCGUUGCUACGAGAAUAAUUUCUUCCUUUAGCCUCAGAAUAGGGAAAUUAUUAGCAGGUAAUAACUGGACAUGUUUUUCAGGAGGCACCAGUCCCUGGAGAAUGACAUUAUCCUUGGUAAAGUAGAGGGUCAGUGGAAAAGAGGAAGACCCUCAAUGAGAUGGACUGACACAGUGGCUGCAACAAUGGGCUCAAACAUAACAGUGAUUGUGAGGAUGGCACAGGGCCGGGCAGCGUUUUGUUCUGUUGUACAAUGGCCCCUGACAACUAACAGUAAUCUGUUACAUAUCGUUUUUAGCAGAUUGAAAUUGCCAAUAUAUGCCUGUGAGUCUUCGGGAUAAUCAUCAGUAUUAUUUUCCUCUGAUGCUUUUGGCGAUUUAUAUUAGUAAUUGGUUAUGAUUUCCAUUCAUAGCCGUUGGCCUUGCACUUUUAGUUGGGGACCACAGUUUGUUGAAUAUUUUUAAAUGAGUGAAUGCCACCUGACUAGGCCUUCUGUGGAACAUGCCCACUGCGGCACUACGUCUGUCCUUCUGCUGCAAAUACUCUCCACCAUUCCCUUGACAUAUAACCAGUUACUACGGUGUCAGUUCCGAUUAUGGUGAGCCCAGGUGUGUCAGAGUAGAACUGUGCUCCGUAGGGUUUUCAACGGUUGAUGUUUUUUAGAAGUAGAUCUCCAGGCCUUUCUUCUGAGGUGCCUCUGGAUGGACUCGAACCUCCAAAUCGUUUGUACCACCCAGGGACUCCUUUUGACAUAUAAACCAAAAAACCAAAUCCAUUGCCGUUGAGUCAAUUCCAACUCAUAGCAGCCCUAUAGGACAGAGUAGAGCUGCCCCAUAGGGUUUCCAAGGAGAGGCUGAUGGAUUCAAACUGCCGACUUUUUGGUUAGCAGCCAUAGCUCUUAACCACGACACCACCAGGACUCCUCUUGACAUGUAGUGCUGGUUUAAUUCCAUCCCGGCCAGACCCUUCCCAUUGCUCCAAUCCAGUGACAAGUGCCAUCCCACAGAGCUGUGGUGGUAGCUGCUGGUUUGUACUUACUUUCUUGCAUGAAAACUGUCAAUUCACUUUACCAUAUAUGUGCUGUGUGCAUAAAUUACCAUUUUAAAAUAGAGAAGUGAUGAGAGAUGAGGCUGGUGAAAUGAGAGUAGGAUUUGGCAUGGUGUGUGGAGGUGUGGCCUUGAUGACCAGGCGAUAGGGAACCACAUUUUGUUUUUAGUUUAGGUUUUUUUUCUUUUUGGUUUUUAAUUCAGGCCCCAUUGAGUUUGUUUUGUUUUUGUUUUUUAAUAAUAUUUUAUUGUGUUUUCGGUGAAAGUUUACACAGCAGUUUAAGUUCCCAUUCAACAAUUUGUACACAAGUUGUUCAGUGACAUUGAGUACAUCCUUUACAAUACGUGAACAUUCUCGUCAUUUUCUGUUCUGGUUGUUCUGUUGCCAUUAAUGUAGUCUCCCUGCCCCCUUACAGUCUUAUCUUUGUUUUAAAGUAAUGUUGACCAUUUGGUCGCAUACAGAUGAUUUUUUUAAAGAAGCACAGUACUCAGGGGUGAUAUUCUUUAUUUUGUGAGCCAAUGUGUUAUACAGCUAAAAGUGACCUCAGGGGCAAGCCCUAUUGAGUUUAUUUUGGUUUUAUUUCAAGACUUUGUAAAGAGUAUCAAAGGAUCAAUUCAGAAGGGUUGAACCUACACUGCAGAAGUUACACCCACGAUUAUCCAUCAAUGAAUAAAUACAUGUAAUAGCCACGCAGAGCACACACGUGUAGCUACAGGAUUGUGGGGCUCUGGUGUUCAGGUCUGGAAGGUGGUAAAGUGUGUGUGGGGUUAGGAUCAAACUCUCUGGGGCUAUAUACACUGUAUGUGACCUUGGGCAAGUCACUUAAAAGGAGCCUCAGUUUCCUCCUCUGGAAAGUGAAAGUAAUACUGGUAGGGUUGCUAUGAUAAUUAAAUGAGAUAAGGCAUGUUAAGCACUUAACAUGGUUGUUGCGAUAUAGCUAAACCAAACCCAUUGCUGUUGAGUCGAUUCCCACUCAUAGUGACUCUAUUGGAUAGAGUAGAACCGCCCUAUAGAGUUUCCAAGGAGUGACUGGUGGAUUCAAACUGCCGACAUUUUGGUUAGCAGCUAAAGCACUUAACCACUGCACCACUAGGGCUCAACUAAUGUAAGCUGACAGCACUGUUAUUACUAAUAUUACUAUACACCAGUCUCCCCCACAGGGCUUUGAUGCAGCUCAUAGCCAGGUGUGGGAGCAGAAACAGUGUCUUCUCUGGUCUGGUUCUUCUCUUCUUUUGACACGUGGUUCUCUGGUGCCCUCUUAUCUGUUGGUUCAUGUCAGACUGGUCACUUGCUUGUAGCUAAGGUGAUAUACUAAUUGCAGGGAAUUCCUGGCCUCUCUAUGUAUGAUUUCUCGAAGUUCAGUCUUGAGUUACAGUGACUUCCUGGCUUUCCUUUGCAUACUUUGUCACCUGAGUUCCUACUGCCAUUGCAUAACCAGGUAUGUGCUUGACUUUCAGAAGAUACGUUCCUCUCCCAAUCAAAUAUAACUACAUAGGGCAUAACAUCUGUGAAUAGCUGCUCCCCUGCCUCCCAACCCCAGAUCUUCUGUCGCUGCUUGGCCAAGCUUUUCUGGAUCAAUGAAUCCCACCUGGGAUGCUUUUGAAAACUACAGCUUCCAAGGUCCCACUCCCAGUCCUUUUGAACUGAAAUCUUUGUGGCUAAGAAUCACUAUAAUGAAAACACCUGGUGUUAAGCGUCAGUGAAGAACUUCUGAGAUGAGUGUUGUCUGCUUAACUGAUGCCAUUCCAUCGAGGUGGCUACUCUCUCUUUCACAUGGGAUAGAGCAGAUGGAAGCUUGGGAUUUUGAGUUAUCCACCUCAUGUUCCUUUCAGGAAAGCAGCAAAAGCGUGCUUUAGACUCUACACCUAAUAUCUCUUAAGGAUUCUGAGAGCCUCUGUGUCCUGCAGGUGCAACCCCUGAUUUAAUUAGGAAAGAGGGCCUUCCAGCUCUCCCUAUAAAACCUCUUUGGCGCGUGCAUUUUCCCGUGCUGGUACUCAAGACUGGAAGUGGAAGGAUUGAGCCUUCGACAUGUACUACGUCUGCUUAGGUGGCCUAAAAUUCCCUAAGAAGAGCGAAGUUCAUAUCCCAGCCAAAAAGAAGUAUGAGUGGGCCAACUCAGCCUUUGAGAAGAAGAGGAGGAGGAGGAGGAGGAAGAAGAAGGAGGCCCAUUUUUGUUACAUGGGGAAAAUCCUAAAGCAAACCCACCCAGACUUCAGUGGGUGCUCCUGGGUCUUGGAAGCACUGGGCUGUCUGGAUGACUGGCAACUGGAAUGGGUUAGCCUGGAGGCGGUUAGACUGUCCUUUUACAAGCACAGAAGAGCCAUCACCAGCAGAGAGAUCCUUGAAGCCAUGAAGCAGAGAUCCCCUCGGAGGAGCUUUUGAAUAAAUGAAGUGGCUCUGAAUGGCCCUAUUGUUGAAAUGACCACACUUGUCAAAAAAAGAGUGGUUAUGUCGGAGGGCUGAGCUGGAUGACAAGGUGUCUGAGAGGCACCUGCUGCAUCAGGAGUUUCGGCGUUACAAACCUGGUCUCUGGGUCCCUUGUUUUUAGCAUCUUACUUUGUGAAACCAAAUAAAAGCUUUUCUCGUGUGCGUGUGUAUGUGUGUGCAUAUGUGUAAAAUGCUUGUCGUCUGUGGCUUUUUAGUUUUUGUUAUGCAUGCUUUCUCUGCUGUUCCCCCAAUAUGUUUACCCACUCCAGACCCAGGGUGGAGACUUCUGUGGGAAUAAACUGAGAUCGUGGGGAGAUGUGAAUCAGAGACAGACUGGCUUGAAAGUGAACGGCAUGGGCAAGACUCUCAGUGUAGAGAGCAGUAAGGAGUACCUGGGUGGCGUAAAUGGUUACACGCUCAACUGCUAGCUGAAAGGUUGGUGGUUUGAACUCAUCUAGAGGCGCUUCGGAAGACAGGCCUGCUAAUCUGCUUCCAAAUAGUCACAGCCUUGAAAACCUAUGGAGCAGUUCUGUUCUGCACACACGGAGUCACUAGGAGUCGGAAUCGACUCAAUGGCAAAUAAUAAGAAGAGGACUGCUCUUGGCUUCUGGCUUUCUUUUUUUGCUACAGUCUUCCUUCUUCACCCCAUGGUAUAGACAGAUUGUUAUGGCUACUGAAAGUGUUUAGAGAGAUGCUGUUUGAAUUUCUAUGGGAGAAGGAUGAUUUCUUAUUUUAGGCACACUGCCUCGAUUUAUAGAACUAAAAAAAUAAAGCGAUAGGAGAUCUUUCAGCUCUUUGAGCAGAUGGCAUAUGGUGUUGGUCAUCUAUAUAGAGCUUAACAUAGUAACGUGUAUGUGAUAAGUGUCUAUCAAAUGUAUAAGCUGGUCCCAACUGUGG